AUGGAAUUGAGAAAAAAUCCGGACGUAACUGUUAGAGACGCUCGUGUAUAUAUUUCGAAAUUACUUGGAGUUGGACAACGGACAGUUUCAAACGUCAUCAGUGAAUAUAAUUCCAACAAAACCGUGACUUCUCCGUGCAAAAAUCGAACAAGGAUAUCAUUUAAAGAAAAAUUUGACGAUCUACAAAUGAAUGCAGUGCGUUUGCAUGUACAUUCUUUUUGGUUUAAUAAAACAAUACCAACAUUAGACAAAAUACGAACUGCUGUAAAUAAUGACGAAACUUUGCCAGAAAUUUCGAGGACGAAUUUGUAUCGUAUGUUGAAAUGUAUGGAUUUUGUAUACACAAAACGUAGUCGCAACAGCGCCCUUUUAGAAAAGGACGAACUUAUUUUGUGGCGUAGACGGUAUUUGGCAGAUAUUCGUAAAUAUCGUGAAGAAGGGCGACAUAUCUACUAUCUUGACGAGACAUGGGUCAACGCAGGCGAUUGUACAAGUAAAACGUGGGUAGACAAGACAAUCAAAUCGCCUCGUGACGCAUUUCUACGAGGACUCACAACGGGGUCUCAGAAUCCAUCUGGCAAGGGCAAGAGACUCAUUGUUCUCCACAUUGGGUCAGAAGAUGGGUUCGUGCCAGGUGGUCUUUUAUGUUUCGAGUCCAAAAAAACGACAGACUACCAUGAAGAAAUGAACGGUGACGUAUUUUAUAACUGGAUGACAAACGUAUUACCACUACUCAAAGAUAACUGUGUAAUUGUAAUGGACAAUGCACCGUACCACUCAAUGAAAGCAGAAAAAAUUCCGAAUACUACAACAAGAAAAGCAGAUAUCAUACAAUGGUUACAAGAAAAAGGCGAGGUUAUUGAUCGACCUAUGGUGAUCACCGAAUUACUUGAUAUAGUUAAGAGAAUAAAACCACAAUACGAAAAAUAUGUAAUUGACGAACUUGCCCAAACACACAACAAGAAAGUUUUAAGACUCCCGCCGUACCAUUGUGAGUUAAACCCCAUCGAAUUGGCGUGGGCCAACGUAAAAGAUCAUGUAAAAAAAAACAACACCAGCUACAAACUGAACGACGUCAAAACUUUGUUAUUAGAAGGUAUAGAGAGAGUGGAUAAAAAUAAUAUGUGGAAAAAUUUCGUUAAACACACGAUGGAAGAAGAAGAAAAAUUCUACAACAUCGAUUUCAUUAUAGACGACGUGUUGUCUGCAGAAACACAGAGUUUGACAAUGACGGUUGGCGAUACAUCUUCAGAAGCAGAAUUCUCUAGUGAUGAUGAGUAA